AUGUCUAGCAGAGUCAGCGCAAACGGCUCGGUGGGCAUGCCGCGGAUCCAGGAUGUCCUUCGCACGCCCGAAGAUCUCGAAAAGAUCACCAGUUUAAAGGCAGAAAUCAAUCGCAAAAAGGGGGACGUGGACGCCAGAUUAAGAGAAGGACUACAGGACCAUUUGGACACUACCCAGAACGGCAUGUCCACUCUAUCCGAAGGGCAGAAACUUGUGGGGCAGAUUAAAGAAGAGAUGAAGAGCAUUUAUGACCUCUGCGAGCAGGCUCAGGCCAUCCGCAAGAACUUCCCGCAAUUGGACUAUCUCGCAAGAGUCCAUCGCAAUUUCGAAGCCACCCGAGCGAUGCAGGCAGGUCUGGAUAGCUUCGAAAGAGAUUGUUCUUACGUCCAGGGACUCCUGGAGGGAGACGACAACGAUUUGUACAAACAGCCCAAUCUCCUGGAAGCCUACAUGCGCUUGACGCGACUGCGCGACUUUCGAGAUGAAGCGUUGGAUCAGAUCCGGCGAGCAAGAGACUCAAGUUUGGAACAGACACUGCUUGACUGGUUUCAACAGCUGGACAACGUCGUUGAGCUUUUCGAUGAGCAUAUUGGUUUCAUUUGCAUGAAUCUCAUCGACCUAGUUCAACGAGCUGAUGACACCAGCAUCAUCGUGAGGUUAGCCAUCGUGCUUGCUUCGGAGGAGAAGAACGACGAUCGGGUUAGGGCGCUCCAAGAUGCCCAGAAAGACCACCAAGAUCUUGUGAGCAAAUUUACAUCUUUCAACAUCGGCCCAAAGGCGAUCCGUGGAUACAAAGAGAAGUUCCUGCAGGCCAUCGAAAAUGUUGCAGAAGGCAAAUUUCAACAGACGCGGCAGGAGUUUCAGGAAGACCCCUCCAAACUUAAGAGCCAGACAAGGUGGUUCUUUGAAGACAUUAACGCUGUCAAGCAGGGGAUGCAAAAUCUCUUCCCGAGAAAGUGGAAGAUUUUCAACACCUAUGUGGAUAUCUACCACAAGCAAAUGCGCGAUUUUCUCAUAUCUUUUGUGGAUGCCGAAGAUCUUCGUCCUCCGCAGAUGCUGGGGAUUGUCCACUUCAUCGAUGAUUAUUACAAGAGAAUGAACAAGCUGGGCGUCCCACAGGCUCAAAUGAAACCACAUGUCCUUGAUUCUCGUGAAGGCGACCUCAUCCGAGACUACAGAAACAUCAUCACUAAAGCUCUCAACUCUUGGAUCGAUAGAAUGUACGUGACCGACAGGAAGAACUUCUUGUCCAAAGCGCCAGAUGCCAUCGAACAGGAUCCAGACGGGCAUUUCAGAACCAAAACAAUGGGCGAUAUGUGGCGCAUGCUGCAUGAGCAAGCCGUUGCAGCCGGCGACUCCGAGCGUGAAGACGUCGUCGAAGGCGUUAUGAGCGCCAUGUUCGGUGCUCUGAAAUCUAGGCAGCAGCAGUGGGAGAGGCUGGUCGAUGAAGAGCUGGAGCGAUACAAGAAUCCAACAACGGAACAACUUGAAACCUUGCAACAACUCCAAGACUGGCUUCUCGCGAUUGCGAAUGAUCAAAUUGCCUGCGUGGAUGAUGCUGCCGGAGAUGUGCUAGAUGAUCCCACGGUCCAGAAGGGAUACUUGACGCGAUUCAGAGAAGAUUUCGUCAAACUGCCCACUCCACCCUCCGCGAAAUUCAUGUCUACGAAUGGAACCACGGAACUGGAUGCCCUCCGAGAUGGUUACGUAGACUUGGCCACUCACUGCAUCAACCGAUUUGUUCAACUAAUAUUCCGAGUCGACUUCCGUACCAUCUUGACAGAGCUAUUCAUCCCAGGAAAGUGGUAUGAGCAAUCCGCGAUGCAGAGGAUGACUACCACGUACGACGACUACAUCGGAGACUACAGUGCCGUACUCCAUCCCUCGCUAAUCGACAUUCUGAUUGAGGAGCUAUCAGACGCCCUGCUGGUGAGCUAUCUCACCUCAAUACGCACCAAUCGAGGCGUGAAGUUUAGGCGGGGCGAACCAUUCGCUGCAAGAUUUAGGGACGAUGUCCUCGCCGCAUUUGCCUUCUUCGAGAAGUACCCUGAGACCUUCAACGAAACCAUCAAACCCAAGUGGAAAGCCGUGAACUAUACUGUACAACUGCUGGAAACUGACAAGAAUGACGUUGUACGGGUGUAUGAGCAGUUCAAGCGCGAGUUCUGGGACCUCCAAUUGAGUUGGGUGGAAGGGGUCUUGAAGACUCGUGACGAUUGGGAUCGUGGCAUGAUCACAGCAGUCAAGCGAGCAGCGGCAAGCACGUAUGCAGAACGCGGCAUGGACACAGUCAUGGGUAAAGUCAAGUGA